UUUGUCGCUAUGAUUUCCACGGCAUUAUUCCUACUCGCGUAUCUAUGGAAGUCUCUCCAAGCUUGGUACUUCAUACGAUGGCCAACCCUUAUCUCUCAUACUAGUUUGAAUAGGUAUCCUACAUCAUCCGAUUGUGCAUUUGAACUCCGUUUUCUCCAAGCCGUUGAGGCUUUUCUAAUUAAACAAAACACUUGUCUAUCGCUGAAUAACCCUGAAGACUCCCCGCAAUCCAUCCGCGAUAAAAUCUUCAAUCUUAGUCUUCAAAGAUUCCAGAUAUGGUGGGAAUUGUUUGAUGACGACGCCCGGAGUGAUCCAUUCGAAGGGAGAUUUCUCCCUCCACUAGAUAUUUUGAUGGUAUGGCACAGCUAUGUGCUUUCGCCGGUUUCAUACCUAGAAGACUGUCACAGAUGGAGCAAGUUGACGCUGUGGAACCAUGCGUUCCCUCUAAAACUCAUUAACGACUGUAUUGGAACAUCUGAAUUCGAUUUCGAUGCACCAGAAAUAGUGCAAAGGCACUUCACCAAUGUUUCGGGUCUUGAUUACGACUUCCCUAGUUCUGCUGUUGACAUUUUAACGCCGUUUAAAGAAGGUGGUUCAUUGAUGUCGAAUUCCCGUGGUAUUGGUUCAAACUUGCCGUCAAGAGGAGUACCGGACAAACAAACCUACAACGGUAACGGACCUUGGAGUGUCGACAUGUUCCAUACCAUGCGUAGUCAUUGUAACUUCAUCCGAAGUGGAGGAGACCUGGACUGGAUAAACAAACAAUCCACUGUUUCUACUUUGGAUUUCUCACGGAACAGAUACCUACGCUUUCUGCUUCUACACAAACGGUAUCCGACCGAAUACUUCGUACCAACGUGGGAUAUUGACUUAGUUUGGCACACACAUCAACUAUGGCCAUCGAACUAUCGCAAUCAUCAUUUAAAUUACCUGGGUCAUAUGCUAGAUCACGAUAUAACGGCUGAUGAUAGUGGGAAUGUGCGAGAAUGGAAAUUGCGAACAGCAGAUUUGUGGAAAAUAGAGUUUUCGGAGGCCUUGGCACAAUGUUUCUGCGAUGAAUGCAACGCCAAGAGACAUAAGAGUUCAGGGCUGUGA